CGCUCGCUGGCUCCAAGAAACAAGGAUGAAAAACUCGUUGGAAAGCUCUGAACCGGAGGAGAACAGCACCAACGCUCUUUCUGGCCCAAGUGAAAAUACUGUAUCUCUAAAUCCCGAGAUAGAGAACAAAAUGGAAGAAGCUCCUGAACAGCAACAUGAGGGAAAGCAGGAUUCGAGCCUGCCUCUCGAUUUUAUUCUUGAUGAUAUUGCAAAGUUAAGGAAGUUAGUGCCCCCAACGCGUGAUGAUCCUAAUAGGUUUCCAAAGUUCAUCUUCAAAAUGAUGAUGAGCCAUCUUGAAAACAAAGAUAGUGAUGCUGGUGGUGAAGAUGUCAGGACAUCGAUCUGUGAGGAGGAGCAGUCGGAGGUGGAUGUUAUGGAUCUGGAUGAGGAUCCUCAAUUAUGGCCAGAAGAGGUGAGGAAAUAA